AGGGCACGACACUCACCAAGUCCGACAAUUACGGACUGCCAUAGAAUCAGUUACAAAAUUCGUAACAUAAAUAUGCUUAUGGUUUCCAACAGGCUUAAAAGUACAUCGAUAGAGAUUAUUUUGAUAUCAAGGAGCUUCUCGAGACGCAAUGAAGAUCUAGAGUCAAGAGCACGGUGACUAUCGAGAUGUUUUGGCAGUAUUUUGGCUUGUUGCACUGAGCAAUAUCAUUCAGGGCCCACAACAACUUCGUCAAUAUUCUAGCACUCCUCGUCCACCUCUAGGGUCCGCCUCCAGUCCAGCCGCGACAAAUUUCAUCCUAGAAAUUCGUUAAGUGCGCGUUACGAUACUUUAUCCGCUUAAUGGGUGCAAAAUAUCCACGCUUUGUCCACCAAGUCGCCCCUUACAAUAAAGUACACACAGGUACAAAGAUAAAGACUGAACUGUUUUCUCACGUGUCCAAAGACGCCAUUUAUGUCUAUUUUGCUGGAUCUCCUUAUCUGCUGGAGUUGUCAAUCCGAUAACUAGAGCUUGCAAUAGUCUCGAAGCCAGUCCAACCCAUCGCCACGAAUCUCAGUGACAUUAACUGGGGUCAUCUCAAUCUUUAUGUCUGUUACCAUCAAUUUUUCCAUGCCCCGCGAUGGCCUCUUUUGCGUCAACUAAUCUCAGAUUGAAGUCAAACCAGGUACAGCCUCGUGACGAAACCAUAUUUGUCUCCGAGCUUUCGUUUCUCGAGUUGGAUGGCUACAAGUUCGCAAUCGACCAGAUGCAUCUAAUCAUGUCAAGAUAUCCAAGCAAGAGUGAGCUGUACCUUCACAAUGUUCAGGCCCCAGAUCUGCAUGACUAUCUUGCGUGGAAGGCUGUGAGCCACAUGGCGGUUUUAAAUAGAUUCAACGUGCAAAAUGCGGUCGAUGCUCACACUCAACUGCUUGGCGAGAUAAAAUUAGGAGGACAUAGCCGUGAUACGACAGGAAUGCUUCCAAGGCAUUCGUACACGGCUCAGGAACAAGCCGAUCCACUUGCGGUUGAGGCGGCACUUAUUUUGAUGACUAUGAGCUUCGAGGCAUCUUGCUCGUCUGGAUUCAUUCACCCUUAUAACUUCUCGAUGCCUACAAAUGCAAAAAGCGCAGAAAGACCCCCAAGUCCUGUGUUCCCUGUCCCCGAAGACUUACCGUUACCAAAAGGGUCAGACGCAUUCCUGCUUAAUCCUGUUCUUGAAGAUAUUCAAAAGCGUUGGGUCAGGGGCAUAUGCAAAGAAGAUCAAAUUAGAGAAGUCGUUAAAAAGGACAAAUAUGGCGGCCGCUAUGUUACACGAAAGACAAUCUAUGUUGUCGAUGGAGAAGAGUUUAUCGAUGUGUUGCCUCAUCGUCAAGCGGGAACAGUAAGUGCCAGUAUUCGACACUCACCAACGCCAUCAAGGUCAUCUUUGAGGUUUGCAGAUCACUCAGUGGUCCCUAUUCCGAGCAAGGAGCUUCGCUCUCGAAAGCGUCCUCUUGAUAGUGGCAUUUCACUUGACGACAAGUUCGAAGGAUCUCCCCACAAGCACAUGCGCUCAAAUUUCAACCAUGACGUGCCUUCGUCUUCCAUUUUCAGACCGAGUGUAAACUACCACAAGGCCGCGAAUGUUUCUACGAACACCAGCAACGCAUCAUCAAGGAGUACUUCAAGCGGAUCCCACGUUAGCAUCAAGGAUGUCGACAAUCUGAGGGCAGUUUUAGAUCCAGUCGCCAUGGAUUCAGUCAUGGGAGCUUUCGGUAGUACUGGUCAAGUACUAGAACCAGUACCUCAAACGGAUGGUGAGAAGUUAGUUUCGUCUAGUGGGAUGGGACGGAGUAAACGUCGUCGUGCUCCCCCUCCUCCACUCAACCUUGUUCGGCCAACAACAAGCAGAGACUCUCGGAGGACACCGCCCUCCAUGUCAAGAACUCCAGUUGGUACAACGCAAAAUCCAUCAGCUUCACGCACGACACACAAGAAGAGCAAAUAUGUACCAACAACACCAAACCCGCAGCGUUGGACCGCUCAAGAACUAUAUCAUCUGAAUGGCCUGGCUAGGUUGGGCCUGCACCCCAGAGAGCUGCAUCCCAAGAUGCUCGAGCAAUUUCCAGAUAAGCAGCGCAGUUUACAUGCUAUCAAGGACCGGCGUGACAAGAUGGCGCGUAAUAAGGAGCUCCAAGGCAAGAUGCCAGACUAUCAAGCGAGGUACGGUCACAUUUAGGCUUUGUAAGGGUCGGGAGCAAGUUCGGUCACACAGCAUUCGUUGCGCAAUUCAAAGACAGCGAGGACAUUGAUCGCGUUCUUUGGAACAUGACGCGAGUUCUUUCAGAUACGAUCUUAG